AUGCAACCAUUAUUUAAUAUGUUCUUUAUCUGUAUUAAUACAGUCAUUGUCUUCAUUGAAUUUUUUGUACACUGUAGUGCACAUUCUACAAUUAUACAUCUUAACAAAACAAUUGAUUAUUAUAUUAAUACAACAAAAGAAACUCUUGAUUUGACAAUUUCUUAUGAAUUACCAUUAGAAAAUUGUUCUCAAUUUUUUUUAACAUUAGUAGAUCUCAUUUCAUUCUAUUCAUCAAAUAUAACAAUUCUACAAGAAAGUAUAACAACAUUAAAAUUAAUUAAUUUAUGUAUAAAUAUUAAUAUAAAAAGUAUACAAAAAUUAAAAAGUCUUCGUCGUAUAUUUUUUCAAAAUUGUACUAUUCAUUUUAUGGCAAGACAAUACAAAGAAGAUUAUGAUUUUUAUCCAAAAAAUUUAUCCCGAUGGUCAUUUAAUCAAGGUCGUACAGAUUCAUUUGAUCAAUUUAUUAUAAUGAUUAAUCAAUUAGGUCCAUUAAAAUUUGAUUUAAAACUAUCGAAUUGUUUUAAACCAAUUUUUUCUUUUAAUCAUUUUAUUCCACUUGAUACACAAUUGAUUUUUCUUGAUAUAACAUGUCAAUAUUUUCAAAUCGAUGAGCCAUAUAAUAUUAAAACACGAACAGCAAUAUUUCUUACACCAACAUUAAUUAUUAAUACUCAAUCAAGUCCUUGUCCAUCAAUUCAUAAAUAUUAUUGGUUAAGUUUAAAACGUAGUCAUACAAAAUUAUUUUCUUUACGAACAUUUAUAUGUGAAAAUCGUCUUAUUCAACUUAAUUUUGAUAUAAAUCAAACAACAAUUAUAAAGACAAAAAUUACCAUUACAACUCAAAUAACGUUUAUACAAUCAACUAUUUUUAACAAAUGGAAAGUACCAGUUAUAAUUAAUUUUUCUGUUGUUCUCAUAUCAAUUAUUAUGUUAUGUGUAGCAUUUUCUGUUUUUUGUAUUCGUAUUUUAAGGAAUAAAAAAUCAAUAUAG